CCCCGCUGCUUCCUUCUGCCAGUGGGUUUGGAGCUCUGGGUUUAUGUUCAGAAAAUGCGUAACCUGCAGAAGAAGAGAAUGGAGGCAUCCUGCCUGGAACUGGCCCUGGAAGGAGAGCGCUUGUGCAAGGCUGGGGACUUCAAAGCUGGGGCAGCCUUCUUCGAAGCAGCGGUGCAGGUGGGGACAGAGGACUUGAAGACUCUCAGUGCCAUCUACAGUCAGCUGGGCAAUGCUUAUUUCUACCUGAAGGAAUAUUCCAAGGCCCUGGAGUACCAUAAACACGACCUGACCCUGGCCAGAACCAUUGGGGACCGCAUUGGAGAAGCCAAGGCGAGUGGCAACCUUGGGAAUACGUUGAAAAUACUUGGGCAGUUCGAUGAAGCUGUUGUUUGUUGCCAGAGACACUUGGACAUUUCUCAGGAGCAAGGAGACAAGGUAGGUGAAGCCAGAGCGCUCUACAACAUAGGAAAUGUUUACCAUGCAAAGGGAAAGCACUUAUCUUGGAACAUGGCCGAAGACCCUGGCUACCUGCCUCAAGAAGUCAAGGAGACGCUACAGAAGGCUUCAGAGUAUUAUGAGAGGAACCUGUCUCUGGUGAAGGAGCUGGGGGACAGAGCUGCGCAGGGCCGCGCUUACGGCAACCUCGGCAACACCCAGUACUUACUUGGCAACUUCAGCGAAGCUAUAGCCUUCCACAAGGAGCGCCUUGCUAUUGCUAAGGAGUUUGGGGACAAGGCAGCCGAGCGGAGAGCAUACAGCAACCUGGGCAAUGCACACAUCUUCCUUGGGAGGUUUGACAUCUCUGCUGAGUACUACAAGAAAACACUCCAGCUCUCCAGGCAACUCAAAGAUCAAGCAGUAGAAGCUCAGGCUUGCUACAGUCUUGGAAACACAUACACGCUGCUUCAAGACUACGAAAAAGCAAUCGAAUACCAUCUGAAACAUCUGGUGAUAGCACAGGAGCUGGGGGACAGGGUGGGAGAGGGAAGAGCCUGCUGGAGUCUCGGAAAUGCCUAUGUCUCCCUGGGGAGCCAUGAACAAGCUUUGCACUUUGCAAGGAAACAUCUUGAAAUCUCCCAAGAGAUCAGGGACCGGAGCGGUGAGCUGACAGCGCAGGUGAACAUGGCCCAGCUCAAGUCGGCCCUCGGCUUGGGGCCCGGCGAGGAGGACGUGGGCACAGCUCGUCACUUUGCUGGCUACGAAGCACAAGGAGCCAGGCCAAAGAGACUCCAAAGGAACAGCAUGGACAGCUUAGACCUCCUGAAGUUCCCUUCUGAAAAGGAGCAGAAUGGGGACAGCCAUCAUGUGGGAGACCUGAAGAUCUCUGGAAAAGAGUUCUUGUCAUUAUCUGCAAGGUCAAAGAAAUACCGGGAGCACCAGUCUGGCUCAGAGAGAAGGUCCCAGGGCUCAAGUACAUCACCACUGGAUACCAGUGAAGUCCGAGUCCAGGUGUCACAGUCGAACAACAGAACCAACCUCCAGCACGAGCUGGUUUAUGAGAAUUUGGUAUUUGGUGGUGGUAUUG